UGACACCCCGGUUAACCGGAUUUUUGCACCAUUUCUUGUUCCCGAGAUAGUGCGUGAGGUCGCGUAUUUCGUCUGAAACUGAAAAUUCAGAAAAUACGCAUAGAGUUCGGUCGUGCAUUACUGCUGCAGAGCGCUGAAAAGUUCCUAAGCGCUUCCGUGUACCGUUUGUGCUGCUGAAAGUUUCCCGGGUCCGCAGCAAUGAAGAAUUCCGGAAAACGCGCUUCGCAACGAAAAUCAUAGCUCUCUUGUCUGUGGGGCGGCAUCGCGGAAACGUCACAAGGAAACCCAAACGUGCAACAGCUAUGCGGUGAACUCCAGACGACACGGCUUUGAUCGUACAGUGUGGAGAGCACCACCAGAGCACGGUGAAUUAAAACUGAACGGCGAAUCCAUCCGCUCAUCUCUUCACUCCCUCGCGUGCGUGAUUGUUGUGUGUUCUUAUUUGUAACAAGGUGAUUCAAGCGAAGAAAAAGUGUGUUCGUGUGUGAAAUGACCGGUGCCAAGAACGGUUGCUUGUGAGGAAUUUCGGCAAUACCACCGUCUCACUUUUAUAUCGGUGUCUCGUGUCUGCUCACACAGCGCACUGCAUCAGCAUAUAGCCCUGCCAGAAAGCUCACGGCAAACAUCGUAUGCUUUGUGUGUUGUUAUCACGGCUUCUUACAACAACAAACGGCAUACUCCUACAUCAACCAUCUGCGGUGUGUGGUUCCUUCCGCGCACCGUUUUCGCUGACUGCCAUCGACUUCUUCCUGUGCUGCGGUUAGGUCGCGCUUGGCCAUCGGUAACGGCGAAUCUCUCGGCGGCAGUUCUCAUACCAAAAGAUAUCUUAAAGAUUGUGCAUCAUUUGAGAGAGUGAUAAGGGUGUGCGUGUGUCCGGGCAGUAGGAUUCUCUGUUGCAGAAGUUGCUGUUGGUAAACGAAAACAUCCAGGAUGUCUCUCAGCCAAACGUCGGUGCUCAAAGUAUACACCACCGUCAUUGACGAUGUCAUUGCCGGUGUGCGUGAUGCCUUUCUCGAUGAGGGUGUGGAUGAACAGGUGCUGCAAGAGAUGAAGCAAGUAUGGACUACCAAACUGUUGGCCUGCAAAGCUAUCGAAUCCACCCCCGAAUCACAGGAUCAACAGAACGCUUCUACGGUAUCGAACAAGUCUGCAUCACACGCGAAGACAAAUGGUACGAAGAAAUCCAAAGCCGCCAGCGCAGCCGCUUCCGCUGCUGCCGCAUCCAAUAAUCAGCAGGAGAAUGGAAAGCCAAACAACAACACAAAGGCCAAUCCGGAGCUGAAAAAUGCGAACGUACCAUCCUUAGUUCCUACCGGAAAUGCACAGCCAACGGGUGCUGCGAAUCAAAACAGCGCGGGCAGUACGACCACCGUUUCCAACAGUACGACAUCCUCGACACCGCAGCAGCAGCAGCAACAGCAAAACGCUUCGCCGGCUGCCGUCGUUUCUGCUCUCGAUCCGGACAAGCAGGUCGCUAUCCAGAUAACGCUACCAGCACAGCCGAACGUGCCCAAUAGCCAGCCGAGAGUGCUCACGAUUCAGGUGCCUGCUUCGGCGCUGCAAGAAAAUCAACUGCAUCAAGUGCUGACCAGUCCGAUAAUUUCCUCCAUCAUGCCACUCCCACCGCACAUUGCAUCGAACGUGUUGCAGCAGCAUGUGAAUAAUUAUUUGCAGAAUCUUAAUCUAAAUACAGUACCGAUACAGAAGCAACUGGACGGAGCCUGUGACGACGAUGUAUUGAUGGACGGAGAAGCAGAGGUGGACGUUGCUGCCAUAAACUACCAACUUGUGGAACUACCGCCCAGGGAACACCUGGAUCGGUAUCGGCUCGAUCGGCAGCUGAUAACUGCACUUGUAGCAGCUGGUACAAAAUCUGCCACCUCGAAGGAUGAUACCAAACCGACCGCUUCAAGCAGUAGUAGUAGUAGCAGUGGUGGCAUUAAUGGAUCGCGGUCAAAGUCAACAGCGAUUGCUAGAACGUCGCGCCGUCGACCUUUGAAAGCGCUCCGUAAGCUGCGAGGGCUGGAUGGGGUAGAGAAAGAAGAAGCUGGGGCCGCUUCGUUCCAUAUCUGCAGCAGCCUUCAGUUGGACGGUGCCGUAGACACCUCCGACGAAGAAGGAAGUGACAUCAGUGACGACAACAUUGUCGACGACGACGACGAAGACUUGGAUAAGGAGGAAGAGGAUGAUUUGGAAGCAGAAGGUGGUGCCGAGGAGGAACCGCUUAAUAGCGAAGACGAUGUAACAGACGAAGAUGCGUCCGACCUGUUCGAUACGGAUAAUGUCGUCGUUUGUCAGUACGAUAAGAUCACGCGAUCGCGUAACAAGUGGAAGUUUUAUCUAAAGGACGGCAUCAUGCAUAUAGGCGGCAAAGAUUAUGUGUUUCAAAAAUCGAACGGUGAUGCAGAAUGGUAAGCGCACGCAUACUAAACAAAACAAAAAUAAAAUUAAGGGAAAAGGGGCGAAAUUGUGCCUAGCAGUUGGAUCUAUCCGGUAAUCCUUCGAGAAGUGUAGGGAGUGUUGAUGAUGGUAGAUAGAAAAAGAAAACGACAAUGAUGGGAAGAAACGGCGUUGUCAUGGCGAUGCUGGAAAUGUCGUUGCAUAAUCCAGCACCAGAAUUGUAGAAUUAUCAACGAGUUUUUAGACUAAUUACCAAGUAAAUUGUGCUCGAUGUGGGGGGUUAAAAGAGACGAAAGGAUGAAAUCAGUAAAUGCUUUUGAAACCCGAAUUUCCACUGAUUCGGAUAUCCUUCAUAUCUGUCUACGCUAAUAAACCAAAAUGGGGGUAAAUUCUGACGAAAACUGCGACGAUGAUUUCAUCACACGACACUCAACCACAUCUUCUUCAAACUUGUUUCCAGUACCUUCUGUACUAAGUUUGAUCAGUCACUCGUUUGGAAACGGACAUCGGCUCAAAGGACGGUGCAAAGCAAGUUCUUCUAGACUUUUUCUUUUAAAAUCUUCUCGCAUUUAAUUGACCAAGCUUUGACGUUGAAAACUACAUUUGUUGCAACCGUGCCGAAGCGGUAACACCACACAAGUACCAAAAUCGCUGUUCGAUAAUUACGUUCUCUUUGUCGGUAAAUUUUGUUCAAGUCGUCUGAACUGAACCUAGGUGAAAGCCGGCUGAACAAACGGUGAAGCCCAUUGGAAUCGAUGUGGUUGUAUAUUAUCUAAAUAAAUAAAAUAAAAAAACAUCGCUCGCUAGAAGAGCAUUUCGAGCAACAACACUAAACCUAAAUUUUGUUUUUGUUUACGCUGAUUUGUUCUCUGCGAACUCCGUAUCCUAUUUUGUGAGACUUUAAACUUGAACCGUAAAACAACACUCACCUUAUCCAUAAGAAUCAUGUAAUAAUACAAAAGGCGAAACAGGCAGAUCGUCGAAAUUAUUAUGGAACAACAACGUAGAAAACAAACUAAUUUUAACGCGUGCUGGUACUGCAUCAAUCAAAGAACAAUUCAGGGUAGUUUUCAUUUUGUUAUCGAUAUGUUUUUAAACCUUGCUUCCCUCUCGAUGUUUUCGCCUGUUCAAUACCCGUUUGCACACCUUUUGUAGAGUUAUAUCUUAUCGACCUGCCCUUUCGUUUCUAUUCUUUUGCGUUUCCGGCACGUGGUGCAAAAUUUGUCCGAUAGAAGUGUAGAGUUAUGUUUAAGAACAAGGUGAACCUAGCGUACGUAAGACUAUCUGUAGACUUGUGGUGGAAAUGCUUGUUUUUAUUGUAAUGGAAUAAGUUGACAAGUGGUACGUAGUGCAAAAUAAAAAUGACAAAAACUAGUUCAGCCAAA